AACCAGGUAGGCUACCCACCGUGCCCUAGUCGCCGGCUAGUCCAAUUAAGAUGACAACGUUUGUAUAACUAAUUAUCUGCUAUUGUCAGCGAAUUGAAACAGCGUCAUUACGCUUCGAUAACACUUUAGCUUAUUCUAAUAGGCCAACGAAGGACAAACUACAAAAGUUGCUGCUUCGAAAAUGUGAAGUGGCUGCAGAAGGACGAGACGACCCAUGUUUUGCAUUGAUCGAUUGGGAUUGUAAACCGUGUGCAGGUCUUUCUUAACGUGCUGCUGCUACCACCCUGGCAUGACCAAACGGUGCUGCUCUUGAGGUCAUUCGCAUCCUAUUCUUACCCCCUGCACACUUUUUCCUCAGUCCGCUGGUUUUGGACAAUGGGUGUAAAUGAUGCAAACAUGGAUCUUUUCUCUUGUAACUCCACCACGGUCGCAUGGAAACUCGAGACCGCUUUCAUUUCUCUGGCGUUCUCGCUGAUUUUCCUGGUCGGCACGGUGGGAAACUGUCUGGUCCUUGCUGUGCUUUUUCGCACUGGGAAGAUGAACACCAAGACGACAAGUUUGUUUAUUUUUAACCUGGGGAUUGCAGACCUGUCUUUUAUUGUCUUUUGUGUGCCCUUUCAAGCCACCAUUUACACCAUGGACGAGUGGGUGUUCGGCCCGGUGUUCUGCAAAGUGGUCCACUUUCUUAUAUUUCUGACUAUGCACGCCAGCAUCUUCACCCUGGCAGCUGUGUCAUUGGACAGGUACCAGGCCAUCUGCUACCCGCUGCACUCCAGGCAGAUGAGGACGCCCAGGAAUGCCCUGGCGUCCAUCUCCCUGGUGUGGCUGCUGGCGCUGCUCUUCUCCGGGCCCUACCUCAGCUACUACCGCCAGGUGGAGCUGGGCGGCGGCCGGGCCUGCCUCCCCGUGUGGGAGCCCGCGCCCCGCCUCGCCAUGGACAUGUGCACCCUGGUCUUCGGCUACCUCCUCCCCUUCGCCGUGCUGGGCGUGACCUACGCCCGCACCGUGCGCCACCUGUGGACCAGCGCUGACCCCCCCCGGACCCCCGACGUGUCGGAGUCCCGCCGGGCCAAGCGGCGGGUCACCAAGAUGCUCGUCGCGGUGGCGGCGCUCUUCGGCCUCUGCUGGCUGCCCCACCACCUGCUGGUGCUGUGCAUGUGGUUCGGCCCGUUCCCGCUCAACCACACCACCUACGCGCUGCGCAUCCUCUCGCACCUGCUGGCCUACGUGAACUCCUGCCUCAACCCCGUGGUGUACGCCCUGGUCUCCAGGCACUUCCGCAAGGGCUUCGGCAAGCUGUUCUGCUGCGCGCUGAAGAAGGGGGCGGGGAACAGGCCCCACGCCGCCUCCAGGAAGGCCGUCCACACGGCCAGCAGCGCGGAGACCUCCAACUGA